AUGGCUUUGCUGGCUUCGUCAGAUGCUUGCAAUCCUCAAUGCCAGGCUGGACCUUCGCGGCCAAUGAUGAGCGCGUCAAGAGCACUCUGCAUUCCCCAUGCAUGCUUUUUAGAGCAGUCCGAGGGCGUUGCGUGGUUCGGUAGCCAAGACGAGACCGUGCCAAGGGCACAGAGCUACCCACCCGACAGAAACGCAUCAAAGACACUCUCUGAUAGCUAUGCAGAGACUCUGUGGCUUGGAGAGCACCACACGGGACUUGCCCACUUUCUCCGUUGCAUUGACCGUUUGAAAUCGUCGCACGGGCUGGACGACAUUCUCCUGGGGCUAUGUGAGCUCAUUCGUUCCAGCAACACCAUAUCGCAACGUCAUCAAGCCCUAGCUCGCGACCUGCAAUCUUCUUCCGAAAGCUUGACCGACAGCACCACAUUGUGCCAGUUGACCGAAUGCGAGAUGACGCUCGCUAAGCGGGUUUUUGACGCAGCAGUCUCCGGGAUCAGUGCAACAGAAGUAGGCAUCCUACGUGAUCGCUGGGUGUCGUCCAUGCAAAGUCGAGAAAUUCAACUGCAAAUUUUGAUCACCAUGUGCCUUUUGCACAUUGCCUCACAGGACCCCAGAGCCUUGGAAACGGCACGCAGUCGCAUAAUCGGCUCAGGUCCCACCAACAUGCCAAGCUUCGAAACAAUGACAUUUCGCGACGGGGAUCGCGAACAGCCGCAAAAACGGUCGCGCAAACUCGAAAAAGCCAAAAGAUGGAGAGGUACACGGCCGAGUUCAGAUUCCAGCGAUGUAUUUGCAUGGAACCAAAAAGUACGCAGGCUUGCGACCGACUCGUCACACGACGAUGGCGAUUCUGGAGAAUGCGAGGUCCUUGAGACUGAAGGUGUAGAGGUACUAGCAGUGGACCACCUCAGCAAGAGGCUCGAAGCGCUGGUUGAUAUACUUUGUCUCAGACAGGUUGCUGCAGGCAUCGGUUCCGAGAUUGGCGACAUGCUCUCGGACAUUUGCACUGAGAGCAUGCCGAGUGACAUGAACAGUCGUGUUAAAACGAAGGCGAGAGGGGUGCUGUUCGGUUCCUCGGUUCGUAAAUUGGUCGAGGACGACGAUAUGGACGAUGCUCAAUGGCUAUGCUCGAGCGUAGUGGAGCCGCAUUUUGAGGCUAGCCUGCCUCGACAAUGCUCGCUGUUCAGGAGCAAGUGCUUUGUUUCACUCCAGUCACGUACGCCAGCACGACCUAGUAAGGGCGUGCGCCCAGAAUCGUUAGGCUCGCCGCCGAUGCAAGUUGCCAAGAGGAACGCAAGCGUAAUAGCAGCAGGAGCGUCCAGUUUGUCUGUUGGAGGCGCAGGGCUGUCAGAUGUGCUAGAAAAGGAGCAGGCAGGGAGAAGAGUCAAGCGAAACAUCUUGGCGGAGCGAUCGAGUGUGUUGGGACGUGGACGAGAGGUCAACAUGGGACGAAGGUUAUCGCGCAGCGUCAGUGCAACAUUGGGGCCUAGUCACGAGGCACGAGCGGCUACAGGCGUAUUUUUGCGGAGCAGCACAAAUGGUGGCUAUACGCAGCCUCACAAAAUGGCUGCUUCCAAGCCUCUGAAUGCGCAACUGUCAUCGCAAAGGAUGGACAAAGGAGGCGACAUGAACGAUAUGCGAUCGCUCGGCUUGACUGCGAUGGCUUCUUUCUCUGCUUCAGCUUCCAGUGGCACAUCUUCGGCUACGAAUGACUCGAAACGGUUGCUCGUCAUGUCGACACCGCAGAGAGAGUCAAACAGCAAGACGCUCAAGCUGAGUCAUCUGUCUCAAGUCGACAGGCCGAGGCUUGUGUUUCCAAGUAGCAGCCUAGUUAUGGAAUCGCCUACGCAGAAUACCUCACAUUUGGUUGAACAGCGAUCACGGACGGCUGAGCGUUGCGCUUCUUUUGCGGGGCGCAGCAGCUUCGCACUGAACCGAUCUCCUUCUCCUUUAGCGAUGGAUUCUGAUGCAGAUGAAUAA